AUGAAAAGUGGAAGAAAAUAUGGCAAGAGUCAAUUUAGAAACAAAUGGGAUAAUCUUAAGAAGGAAUGGUCAAUAUGGUACAAGUUGUUUGAUAAAGAGACAGGUUUAGGAUGGGAUAAUGUAAGGAAUACAAUAGAUGCUUCAAGUGAGUGGUGGGAUAAAAAGCAAAUGAAAAAUCCACUUUAUGGCAGAUAUAAAGGACUUGUUUUUGCCAAUGAUUUAACUACAUUAUUCAAGGAUGUGGUGGCUAAUGGAAAAUUUAGUUGGGCACCCUCUUCUGGGAUAUUACCUAAUGAUAUAGGUGAAGAUGAUGUAUAUCGUCCAUGCUUUGAGAGUGGUGAUAUAGAUUUAGAGGAAGGAUCAGGAGAUAGUGAAGAAAUUAUACCCACUAGUACUAGAAUGAGUUCUGAAUUGCGAAAUAUUAAUUUAAGCACUUCUGAAGGAAACAGUAGUGAAAGAGCAUUGGCAGGGUUGGAGCUUCUGAAAAAGAUGAAAGUAAAAAGGUGA